AUGGCACAGACAGCUCCACCACCACCGUCGCGCCGCCGCCUCUUGCAGAACCCGACCGCCUUCAAGCCACCAACCCCGGCAGAGAUCCAGCAAAUCGCUACAUUGGUCCUCUUCGUUGUUGGCCAGGAGAACAAGUCAAGCUAUCAAAUAGAGGAGGGAGGACUCAUAAUUGUUUCUGAUGGCAUCUGGGAUGCCCUAUCCUCAGAAGAGGCAGCAAAAUCUUGCCGUGGGUUGCCUGCUGAACUUGCUGCUAGACAAGUAGUGAAGGAGGCUUUAAGGUUGGGUUUAAAGGAUGAUACAACCUGUAUAGUUGUUGACAUAAUCCCUCCUGAUAACUCGGUACAGCCUACAACUCCCCCAAAAAAGCAGAAGCUGAGGGCCCUGUUGUUCAGGAAGAAGUCACGUGAUUCUUCUCAUAAACUAUCCAAGAAGCUAUCAGCUGUGGGUAUUGUGGAAGAACUAUUUGAAGAAGGCUCUGCCACGCUUGCUGAAAGGCUGGGCAAUGAUGAGUGCAUGGCACAAUCAACAACAUCUGGGCCGUUUAUGUGUGCUGUAUGCCAAGUUGGCCUCGCACCGAGUGAGGGUAUAUCUGUUCAUGCUGGUUCCAUCUGCUCCAUGAGUUCAAAGCCUUGGCAAGGGCCUUUCCUCUGUUCUGAUUGUCGUAAUAAGAAGGAUGCCAUGGAAGGAAAACGCCCUAGCGGAGUAAGAGUAGUGUAACUUCUUUAUUGUUCAUCCCUAUAAUUCUUUAAACCCUUCAUUCAAUUUUUUGUAACCCAUUUUCUUAGGCCAGGCAUUGUUUGAAUCUUUCUCUAGUGAUGGAUGAAAUGUAUAUGUAAAUUUGAUAAAUAAUGUAAAAUGAGUCUUAGGAAUUGA